AUGAAUGUUUCAACAACCACCAUCGCACAGGAUUAUGCUGAUUACCGUCUAAUCGCUCCAUUGUCCAUGGGUUUUGCUUCAGUUGCCGUAAUUAUUGCAUUGAUUAUUUUAAUAUUGAUUCCAUUCAAUAAACAAUUACGUACAGUUACUCAUCUCCUGAUUUGUAAUACGUGUAUUUCAUCAAUUCUAUACUGUUGUUCUCAAUCGAAUAGUUAUGUGUAUCUUCUAUUCUUUCCUUCGUACACGAGCGAUAUUUCAUGUAAAUGGCGUGCGUAUUUUAAUUACAUGUCGAUCGUCGCUGUUGUCUAUUCUUAUUUGCUUCAAGCUAUUUCACGUUUGUUCUUCGCAGUUUUAUCGACGAGAUAUCGGUGGUUAACAUCAUUUAAAGCUCAUUUUAUCAUGUUGAUUAUCAAUUGGAUCAUCGUUCUCAUCAUUCCAUUACCUGCAAUUCUUACAAACGAUAUUUAUUUUCGUCCGGGAUAUCUUUGUUGGAUUCCGAUCAAAUUCAUGAUACACAUCGCGUACUCAAUAAUUGCUUAUUAUCUACUUCCUGUAACCAUAAUCGUAACCAUCUACAUUCGAAUCUAUCGUCGAAUAAAACGAAGUGCAAUGGCCACGACCAAUCAUACUGGUCAAAGAAAAACCAGCCGUGAUCUCGAAGUUCUUCGGAAUAUUAUGAUCUUGUUUUGCAUUUACAUAUUAGGGGCAGUACCAUCCGUGUUUUAUAUGAUAUCCAGCAUUGAUAUACUCUAUUACAUUGGAAUUGUUUCAGUGUCGUUGGCAGUGGCUGUGGAGAAAUUCUGUUCGAUUGUCUUAGAUCGAGAAAUUCGAAAGGUCUUCAAAAGAGGUCUUUGUCAAUCAACAACGUCAGUAAUGCCUAUGACGAUUAAUGUAAAUACCACGACAAGAUUUACUGCUUGA